AUGUCUAGUGAAUGUAAGUUAGCAGAUUCCUUGGGUAACAAGUCACUGGUCCACAACACAAUUCAAGAGAGACCUGCUUGCUACAAUAUAUGUAUGAUUUUCUUUAUGGAGAAAGCCUCGAAUGGAUCCGGUAUUCCCGCUAUUCUAGCGACUCAUAACACCGAUACCGGUAAACAAGGGGCAAGGAAAGUAAGUGAGCUAGGGAUCAAUAAAGAGAACAAGAAGAUUGAGCAUGCACAACUUUGA